AUUGGCCUUUAUUUUGUCAGGGUUGGAAAAGGCAUCUGGUCAGUCGGCCUCUUGCUCGAGGAUAUAGGUUCUUAAUGCUCCCCUGACGACCUCCACAACAUUCUUCCCUUCCCGAAGCCCCAGACGGGCUAAAAAUUAAGGGGCUCGUGUUUGAUCUUAUUUGUCUGUGGUGGGGGAGGGGUGGGGAGGCAGGUAUAGACAGCCCGCCCCUUUAUGGCUGGGGAAGGGGGUCGGGGAGAGUGAAGGGGAUGAAGCAGGACCGGCCACAAGAUUUGAGGGGUCCAGUGCAAAAUGAAAAUAGCAGAUUCCUUGAUCAUAAGUUAUUAGGAAUUCCAAAACCGUGAAGGCAGAGCAUUAAACCCAGCGCGGUCCCGUGAGAGUGCAGUCCAUGAGCCUGCCGCUGUGCUUCCAGGACUGUGGUCCCGAUAAGGUGCUGGGACCCUCCAUUAUGAAGGGCACCUUGAAUGGUCUCGUUUCUUGGGUUUCAUUGUCGGUGCCAUUUGCCCUCCCCAGUGUUUCUGGAUGGAUCUCCGUCACCAUCCUAGGACUGCUCACCAUCCUAGGAUUGCUUGCCAUCCUCAAAACCCACUUAAAACCAUUUGGGGUGGGGAGGUGGGGCUCUUUUAAAUGGUUAGUUUGACGUGGCUGAAGGCUGCGGCUGUACUUUUCCCAGGCGUCUUCCUCUGAGGCUGGCAGAAUGAUGGAGAAAUGAUGCUGAUUGUAUGAAAGCAACCCCUUCAGCCAACUCCUGUCUUCCUGGGAAGGCCCCUGGAAGAAACAGGUUGGAAAAUGGAGGCACUUUUCUGCCAUCUGAAGAAGUUGAAGCCGAGUUUGAAUGCGUUGCCGAGACCAUUCUGCUGCAAUGCCCCAGAGAGAGGUUGGCCUGAGUCUUAGAGGGAUAGACCACAUGCUACAGAACUGCAGCCAACCUGCACAGGAACAGGAGUGAAAAAUAAACCUUGAUGAGGCUGAGGAAUCCUCUUCAAGUAAGAUCUGUAAGUGUGACGAUGAACUGUGUCCUGAGCCUGCAGGUCAGGCUGAAAGAUUCAGCAGCCAGCAAAGUGAACAUCUAGAAGUCUGUUUUCCUUCAACCUGUGUGGAACUGAACACAUCCCUGCCUACCUGGAGGAAAGUCAGAGAACAUCUGCGAAGAGGCUGGAAGCUUCAUUUGCAAACACACAAGAUCUCUGCAUCCCUCAUAGAGAAGUUUUUUUUCGAUUUUGUUUCUCUUGAAACACCUGGGGUGAGGAUAAACCUCUGUAUCGGCCAAGCAGAAGAAACAGGAUCUAUGACCGAAGUGGAUCAGUCAAGAGGGACUCCUUGCAGCAUAAAGGGAAGCACUUUUCACACUGUUUGAGAAUAAGUUGAAUUCACGAACAUACUUGAUAUAGAAGACAUGGGCUGUAGAACUUCAUCUUCAAUGAAAGACAAGAAAUCUGAGAAAGCACUAAAAGCCGCAUUGGUCAUCCAGAACUGGUACCGAGGAUAUAGUGCUCGGUUGAAGACCAGACAACGCUAUGCCCUCAACAUCUUCCAGUCCAUCGAAUACGCUGAUGAACAAGGUCAAUUGCAGCUAUCCAACUUCUUUUCCUUCAUGUUGGAAAACUAUAAACAUGUACACAAGGAAGAAUCAGAAUUAGUAACUCCGCUUUUUGGUAGCAGCAUCCAGGGCAACAAGGAUAGACAGGACUAUUUGCAGUUGAUAGAUGUCCCGGACUCCUACUCUGGUCCUCGGCUGCAAUUUCCUCUCACUUUUACAGAUAUUGAUUUACUUGUUGAGGCCUUCAAGCAACAACAGAUACUUCAUGCUUAUUAUGUCUUAGAGGUGCUAUUUGAAACCAAGAAGCUCCUGCAGCAAAUGCCAAAUUUCACUCACACGAAAACUUCUCCCUCCAAAGAGAUAACAAUCUGUGGUGAUUUGCAUGGGAAACUAGAUGAUCUUUUUUUGAUCUUCUAUAAAAAUGGUCUCCCCUCAGUGAACAACCCAUAUGUUUUUAAUGGUGAUUUUGUAGAUCGAGGAAAAAAUUCCAUGGAGGUCCUAAUGAUCCUGUUCGUGAGUUUUCUUGUCUACCCCAAUGACCUGCACUUGAACAGAGGCAACCAUGAAGAUUUUAUGAUGAAUAUGAGGUAUGGCUUCACAAAAGAAGUUUUGCAUAAAUAUAAGCUGCAUGGAAAAAAAAUCUUACAAAUCUUGGAGGAUGUCUAUACCUGGCUCCCAAUUGGUACAAUCAUUGACAAUGAAGUCCUGGUCGUACACGGAGGGAUAUCUGAGUCCACAGAUUUGAAUUUACUCCACCGUAUAGAAAGAAACAAAUUGAAAUCUGUGCUGAUGCCACCAGUUCCAAUAGAUGGAGACUGUGCUGCUGAGAAGAAACAUAAAAUAGGUACAACCAUUACGGCUCGGGGAAUCAGAACAAAUGGAUCCCUUUCUGAACAAUUAACAAAGCAUGAAUGGAAACAGGUUAUCAACAUUCUGUGGAGUGAUCCCAGAGGCAAAAGAGGCUGUUACCCAAACACAAGUCGAGGAGGGGGCUGCUAUUUUGGACCAGACAUUACCUCCAAGAUUCUUAAUAAAUACAGGUUGAAGAUGCUCAUUAGGUCUCAUGAAUGUAAGCCCGAAGGGUAUGAAAUCUGCCAUGAUGGGAAGGUUAUUACUGUAUUUUCUGCAUCUAAUUAUUAUGAAGAAGGUAGCAAUCGAGGAGCUUACAUCAGAAUGAGUUCUGGUACAACCCCCCGAUUUUUCCAGUACCAAAUAACUAGGGCAACGUGCUUGAGGCCUCUUUACCAAAGGGUGAAUGCUAUUGAAAGUAGUGCCAUCAGGAUGUUAAAAGAGAGAAUGAUUUCACGAAAAACUGACCUCAUUCAUGCUUUCCAACUUCAAGACUGCAAUAAAUCAGGAAAACUUUCUAUGGGCCAGUGGGCUUUUUCCAUGGAGAACGUUUUGGGGCUGAACUUACCAUGGAGAUCCCUGAGUUCACGUCUGGUAACCACGGACAAAGAUGGAAAUAUUGACUACAUGUCCAGCUUCCAGGAUAUCCACAUUCAAAAACCUGUGAAAGAGGUUCAGUCCACGCUAAUUGAAACAGUGUACAGAUACCGAUCUGACCUGCAAAUCAUCUUUAAUGUCAUUGACUCUGAUCACUCAGGCCUGAUCUCCAUGGAAGAAUUUCACAGCAUGUGGAAGCUUUUCAAAAGCCACUACAGUGUCCGUAUUGAUGAUUCCCAGUUUGAUGAGCUCGCUGAAAGGAUGGACUUAAACAAAGAUGGAAGCAUUGACUUUAAUGAGUUUUUAAAGGCUUUCUAUGUAGUGCAUAAAUUUGACAAGUUGAGCAAAUCAGACAGCAAGAUUGAUUAACAAGAAUUAGGACCUUCCCUCCUUAUAAACAGUUGGCCCAAAUCACUGACAAUCUUUGCCACGAUCCUUGAAAUUCAUAGUCAGUAGCAGAGAAAAGUAGACCCCAAUUCAUGCCAUGAGCAGAUGUAUAAUGUGGGUAUUAGAAGUCCCUAGUAAGCUGUUACUGGUAAGACUAGGUUAAAUGUCAGCCGAUAGGAUUUGGCUCCAGUGGUGAGACUCACACACUGCCAGGUAGAAACUGGAUUUGAGCCUAGUGUUGGUCUAGUUUGAGCAGUUUGGAAACAUUGAAAAGAACCCACAGAACAUCAGAGGAAAGUACAACAUCUGUGAGUGGCUGAGGGAUAGGAGGAGGAAUACCAAACUAUUAACUGAAUAAAA